CAUCACAAGUGAUCUGGGUUUUCAUAUUCAAAACUCACAUCUGCAAAGGUUGCACUCAUCAAACAUCAUAGUCUUGAUUUAGGAUCUAUAUCACAAACUAAACUAACGUCAUGCCGACUAGCUUGGAAAAAAGAAAGAUGGUGACAGUGCUAAGCAUUGAUGGAGGUGGAAUUAAAGGAAUCAUACCCGGCACCCUUAUUGCCUUUCUUGAAACCAAGCUUCAGGAUUUGGAUGGUCCGAGUGCAAGACUUGCAGAUUAUUUUGAUAUAAUUGCCGGAAUAAGCACAGGGGGGUUGGUCACUACCAUGCUUACAGCUCCCAACAAGGACAAUCGACCCAUGUAUGAAGCAAAGGACAUCAACAACUUCUACUUUGAACAGACACCCAAGAUCUUCCCUCAAAAUAGUCAAAAAAACUUCUUGACAUCGAUUCAAAGUGCGGUUGGUGCCGUGAUGGGCCCAAAAUACGAUGGGAAGUACCUGCGCACAAUGACGAACAAGCUGCUCGGUGACCUUACUCUCAAGCAAACUCUAACCAAUGUGAUCAUGAAUGUGAUCAUCCCAGCCUUUGAUAUCAAACACCUUCAGCCUGUGAUUUUCUCAACCAUCGAUGCAAAAGAAAGUUCUCUGAAAAAUCCAAAGCUUUCGGAUAUCUGUAUCAGUACCUCUGCAGCUCCAACUUUUCUCCCCGCACACUACUUCGAGGUCAAGGACAGCCAGGGAACAACCCGUACUUUUGAUCUCGUCGAUGGUGGGGUUGCCGCAAACAACCCUACAAUGAUGGCCAUAAGCCACAUAAACAGAGAGAUGUUGAAGCACGGCUCAGAACCAAUGGAUGCUAAUCGGUUGCUAGUGCUAUCAUUGGGCACAGGCACUGCCAAGUUCGAAGGGAAGUACAGUGCAACCAAGGCCUCAAAAUGGGGU